AUGAAUUCAUUCUCGGAUGUGGUGAUUAUUUUAAUUGAUUUUUUAUUACGAGAGGAAUAUCAAACAGAUAAUGAUGAUGAUCAUUGUAAAACGAGUUAUUUACACGCUUCAUUAAAAGAUAAAUUUGCAAAACAACAGUUAGGAAAGAAGAGAUGGAUAGAGGCUUGGGAUCGGAAAUAUGAUGAUGAGGCCUUCCCUAUUGAAUUUAUGAACAAUUAUACCUUUGUUUUAAAUCAUAUCCAAAAAUAUGGAUACGGAUUGAAAUUUGCAUCAACACAAUUAAAGGGAGAUCGGGACCUUGUUUUGGAGGCAGUCAAACGGAGAGGAGAGGACUUGUAUCAUGCUUCCAGAGAAUUGAAAAACGAGCAGGAAAUUGUAUUACAAGCAAUUCAGCAAAAUGGCAAUGCCAUACAAUAUGCAGGCUCUGAAUUUCAAAACGAUCUUGAGUGUGUACUGACAGCUGUGAAAAAUUGUGGUUUAGCUUUACAACAUGUUCCAACAAAGUUUAAAUGUGAUGAAACGGUUGUAUUUGAUGCUGUCGUACAAAAUCCAUCUGCAAUCAAGUAUGCGUCUAACAAAUUGCAAACCGAUUCAGAUUUCCUAUUGGAAAUUGUGAACUACAACUUUGAGGUGCUCCAAUAUUGCAAAGAUAAACAAGUGCAUUGGAAAGCAGUGAAACAAUACGGCCCUCAACUCGUGCAAUAUUUACCAGAAAAUUUAAGAAAUGACAAGGAUAUUAUUGUUGCAGCUCUGGAACACAUUUAUCCCACGCUCUCAUUUACUGAGAUGGAUCUUUGGUCUGACAAAGAAAACGUGUUGACAAUUGUCAAACAUUUUGGGCGUGCGUUGCAACAUGCUUCUCAUCAUCUAAAGACUGACAAGGACAUUGUCAUGACAGCUGUUGGGCAAGAUGGAUGUGCAUUUGAAUUUGCUUCGGACACGCUAAAGCAAGACUGGGAAAUUGCAUGGACAGCAUUACAACAAAAUGCAUCCUCAUUUGAAUUUAUGCCUGAUGAGUUUUUACACAAUACUGAAAUAGUAUUAGAGGCAGUGAAAAGAAAUGGCUUAUUGUUGCAACAUGCAUCCAAUGAAAUGAAAAACGAUAAACAAGUAGUGAUGGCAGCUGUGUGUCAAGAUGGACACGCAUUCGACUACGUUUCAACGGCGCUCCAGGAAGACAAAGAAGUCCAAUUUGCUGCUAUACGACAAAAUGGAUUAGCAUUGCAAUACAUGGUCCAAGAUAAAGAGCUUGUAUUGGAGGCGAUCGAUAAUUGCGCAUUUGCCAUUCUAUUCGUUUCGUCUGAACUGUUAAUGGAUAGAGAAUUUGUUUUGCAUAACUUUCCACUGGAUGACAUGACCAUCGAAUUGAUGCCACAAGAGUUAUAUGAUGAACGGGAAUUUGUAUUGGCCAUAGUUAAACAAAAUGGUCUAGCAUUGAAAUACAUUCCUGAACACUAUCUCAUAGAUUCAGAAAUUGUGUUGGAAGCCGUGAAGCAGAAUGGUCAUGCCACAUCUGAUAUUUGGGACAGGUGGAAGAAUGAUCCGGACUUUGUCAAGGAAUUAAUGCAAUGUACCAAUUUCUUCUUCCAAGAGUAUAACGAUGAGCUGUUUCUAUCGAGGAUGAAGUAUUAUUAUUAUAAUGUGUAUUUAGGAACAACCGUAAAUUUACACACUCUACAAUGA